UCGUAACGCAGGACUGUCUUUGGGACAAACUAUGGAACGAACAGCCAAUAGUCUUCUGGACAUCUUGCCAGACACCAAAGACUACAUGAAGGCAUUUGAAAAAGAUGACGUCACUGUUGCGGUUGCAAGGUCCACUAGGAAAGAUAUAAUACUUCAGAGUCGUCAAGUUAACGUGUCAGCAUUUCCCACACACUGUAAUAUAGAAGGGGGUACAGAUGCCAAGAUGAUUGUGAUGAAGAAAAACUUGUUUUCAUGGAAUGCCUCUACGUUUGGGGAAAACGUCACCACGCCCGUGACUAUGUUUUCGUGGGGAUCCCAGCGCUUUGACCACAACUGCUCUGUGCAGCUGAACCUCUCCCAUCCUAUAGCAAUCGAAAAUAUAGAAGACCCAAGACGUCAAAAACGUGACCUUCAGGAGCGUGGUCUUGUUGGUGCACAGUUUGCUCUGGGCGGCAUUGUCGUUGGACAAAACAGCAACGAGACGAUGGUUUUAUAUGCAUUUGAUGUACCAGCCGUUACUGCUGUUGUUGUGAUGCAGUUAUCGUGGUGGGAUCACGCCGCUGCCUUCCGUGUCUUCUUCCGUUACGACACGCCACCAACAGAGCAGCUUUAUGACGACAGGAUGGUAGUUGAGGAGGAAGAUGCUGUUCUGGCUUGGCGUCGAGGCACAAACAGCGUGCGAAAAUUUGUCCCAAAUAUCACGAAACGACGGGGGAGACUUUAUGUUGGGGUACAAAAAGCAGAAUCUGACAGCCUUUUGCAAACGGCACUUUCGCCCAAAGACUUCGUACUUCAGGCAUCAGCAGUUAGCUGUCUUAACUGGGAUCAUACAUUCGAGAAGUGGCAAGACGUAGGCUGUGGGGUUGGCGUGGAUCCAUUUGAUAGUACCUUCAGAUGUAACUGCGACGUUCCCAAGCCGAAGGCUGUCAUUGGCGGCUCCUUGCACGCCCUUCCAAAUACUAUCGAAUUGGACGACAUCUUCAAAGAUCCCAGCAUCCUUAAUGACAACAACCUCGUUUACUACACGGUUAUUUGCGAGUGGGCUCUCUACUUGGUGUUAAUGAUUAUACUCAACGUAGACUUUCAGCGUUUUCGAGAGAAAACGACUGACAAAUCAUCAACUAACGGAAGUAAGAAGCAGUUACCACAGCUGUCCGUCCUCCCCUCGGACAGGAUGCCAGCCCCACAUCUCUACCAGAUCACCGUCACCACCGGAUCCAUGCUUGGUGCCGGUACCUCGGCACGGAUCGGGUUACAGGUAUUCGGAUCAAAGAGUAAAACCGCAAUCAAGAUGAUCAAUCCGGACGGAGAAUCUUUGUCCCGAGGUGGUACUCAUGACGUCAUCAUGCCCCUGAAGACGUCACUAGGACAUCUGGAACUGCUGCAUAUCUGGCACGACAACACCGGUGUUGACGAAACUUCGUGGUUUCUGAGGGAUAUCAUUGUCAAGGACCUACAGACGAAGGAAGUUUAUCAGUUUAUUUGCUACGACUGGUUGUCUGAAGACCGAGGCGACUUCCAGAUUCAGAAAGUUCUGCAUGUGGCGACCCGGGAACAAUUGGGAUGCUUCAGUAGCCAGUUCCGAGAGAACGCGGACGCAAUGUUCUACGAUCAGCACUUGUGGACAUCUCCUUUCGUGUCACCUGAAGGAUCCAGUUUCACCAAGUCAGAACGUCUAUCUUGCUGCUGUGCUGUUUUCAACAGCAUCAUGUUGUCCAACGCCAUGUGGUACAAGAGUGACGAGGGCUUUGUGACCAAGAACACCGUGUUUGACCUUGGAUUUGUACAGAUCACCUUACAAGAGCUGUACGUGAGUCUCAUGACAGUUGUCAUGGUGCUACCUGUUGUCCUGGUACCGGCUAGACUGUUCCGGGUGGAGGUACCAACUUCAAUAACAGCUCCGGGAAUACGUCGUACUUCCAAAUAUGGGUUAUUAAAAGGUGUACUGUCCCGAUGGUCGAAGUACGUGGCGUGGUUUCUCGUGGUGAUGGUUUCCAUCCUCUCGUCCUUCUUUGUGAUCCUGUACAGUCUAGAAUGGGGUAGAGAGAAGAGCGAGGCUUGGCUAAAGGCCUUCUUCUUUUCUUUCGGUUUGUCAAGCAUCAUCGCCGAAACUGCCGAGAUAUUGUUCCUGGCGACUCUUUUUGCCUUGAUUUGUAACCAGAGGUCUUCCAACAAGCAGAAGACAUACAAUAUCAAGGAAAAAGACCUCCAUCUUCACCUUUAUGAUCACAAAGCUCCCGUAAAAGUGUAUCCACCUGGUGCUGCAUCUACAGAAAGGAUGAAAGUCAAAAAUCAACAACGACGAAAGUUUUUCUUCGUCAUGAAGGAGUACGUUCUCCUGUUCCUGUUUGUUGUGGUUCUGUUCUUCAUCAGCCAUCACGACAAAGACCCGUUUGCUUUCAACGCAUCGCAGACGUUGCACGACACUGUUCUAGAAGAUCACGAUUCGAUCACCACUGCUGACGAGUUCUGGACAUGGACUGAGGAGAUCCUCCUGCCUGUUUUGUACCCGUCGUUCUGGUACAAUGGGUGGAAGAUGAAGUAUCUGGACCGACAGUUUCCUCUUUAUACUGAAGCAUUUAGAAUUGGCCCACCGCGACUUACUCAGUUUAGGAAGGCACCAGAUGACAUGGCAACAGACCUCCCUGAAAAUGGAUGGAUGGUUGAAACUGGAGACGGUAAAUCCGCAUGUUGGAAGUUCAAUGUCACCGGCGUGAUGUCAAACAACUCAGGCUGUUCCGCAGAACACUCCAUGGAACUCCCAACUCUCCUGGGUUUGGCGACAGCAAUAUUCUCCGACCUUCGGGAUAACAAGUGGAUCGACAAAUACACAGAUUACCUGGUUCUGGAUCUGUCGCUAUACUACCCAGCACAAAAACUGUUCAGUAGUCUGAGACUGACCGUAAAGCAGGAAGAUGUGGGACAUCUUUCAACAUCAGCAUCUUUUGCAACACACAGGCUUUUCCAGUACGAAAAUGACUCUGAUAUGGUCGCUUUGUUUUCCUAUAUCCUCUUUAUGUUGUUAUUCUUGGUUAAUAUCAUCAAAGAAGCGACCACAAUGAAGAAGGAGGGAAGGAAGUUCUUCAGUUCUAUGUGGAACAUCUUUGCUUUUGCGAGCAUAAUUGGAUCUGCAGCUGUCAUCGGUAUCUUUGGAAUAAGGUACCACUCUGCAUCUGCAGCACUGGCAAAGUUGGUCGAGGCAACAGGCGAACUUGGAAUAGAUCGUUUUGUCGACUUGAGCUCACCCUUCUGGUGGGAUGAAGUUUUCAAGACCGUGCUUGCCAUUGUACUGUUCAUCACUACACUGACGUUACUGCGAGUUUUCCGCUUCAGCAAGACCAUCGCCAGUUUCAUCGCCCUGCCAGGCGCCAUGAAGAACGACUUGGUCGGCUUCUCAAUCAUAACGGCCAUAGCCUUCAUGGCUUUCAGCUGCUCAGGGAUGCUGGUGUUUGGGACUCAUAUGAAGGCAUACACCAAUGUGUUGCACACCAACUUUGCCUUAUUUGAGAUGUUAUUGGGAAGGUUCUUUGCCGAGGAAAUCUUAGAAUCGAACCGAUAUAUCGGCCCGAUCUUCUUCACUUUCUUCAUGAUACUCAUCUUCAUACUACUCGUCAACUUCCUGGUGACCAUCAUCUGUGAUGCCAUUGCUACUGGUGUCUACGCUGCGGAUGAACAUGACCAAGAACUGGCUGACUACAUCUGGAGAAGUUUCCAGAGAGUCUUUGGGAUUCAUGUCCCUCCACCGAAGGAUGUAAUAUCAGAUGAAAUGAAAGAAACAGAGCUCAAUACAACAUUCGAAAUUAUUGCAGAAUCCUUGAAUGAAACCCUGGAUGUUACAAGCAGCCUUUUGGAACACAACAGAAUCGACGAGCCUUCUUUGACCAUACACGAUAAUGCUAUUGUCCAACGUCAGAUCACGAAGCAGUCACACGAAGUAAAAUGCGAGGUCGACGCUAUGCUGCCGUCAACUUCGUCUGCUAUCGGACAGCAGGUAGAAGAUCUCCUGAAAGCUCAUGAAGAAGACACGGCGAGAUAUGAGGAAGUGCAGAACAAGAGCAGACGACGUGCUGAAGCCAUGCUGAAGAGGAAACUGGCUGAGAAAAGGGAGAAAACACAGACCAUGGUACAUCACGCGCAAGAGAUGAUGGAACAACAUGCUGCCUACGAGGAACGGCUGGUUCAGCAACAAAGGAUGAACAGACGCCUGUUCCAGAGCAAACUUCGUCAGAAGAUGGCGCUUCGUGCUGGAGGGACAUGUGGACUAUCAACGUUUACCCACGUUCCCCAGAGUGACUGUGGUGAUGUGGACAUAUCUGGUCACGGCAGCGUUACUCUCCAGUUCUGUGUAGACGCUUGCUGUGCAGAACCGACAUGCGUGUCGUUCCAGUACAACACCCAGUCAACUUGCUAUUUGAAACACACCAUCUGCACAGCGGGGGAGAAAGUGUUCUCGUCAGGUGGCAACAUGUACGAUCGGCAAGUGUCAGCCACGCAGUGCCCGACACUCUCCAACCCUACAAACGGUGCUGUGAGCUACAGCUCCAGGAACUCCGGAGAUGUGGCCUCCUACUCGUGUAACACAGGAUACAACCUGAAUGGCUACUCUACACGGACGUGUCAGUCUUCAGGCUCAUGGAGUCAAACUGCACCAACUUGUGCAGUCGUGCAGUGCCCGACACUAUCCAAUCCUACAAAUGGCGCUGUGAGCUACAGCUCCGGGAACUACGGAGAUGUGGCCUCCUACUCGUGUAACACAGGAUACGACCUGAAUGGCUACUCUACACGGACGUGUCAGUCUUCAGGCUCAUGGAGUAACAGUGCACCAACUUGUGGAGUCGUGCAGUGCCCGACACUAUCCAACCCUACAAACGGUGCUGUGAGCUGCAGCUCCAGGAACUACGGAGAUGUGGCCUCCUACUCGUGUAACACAGGAUACGACCUGAAUGGCUACUCUACACGGACGUGUCAGUCUUCAGGGUCAUGGAGUUAUAGCGCACCAACUUGUGGAGCCGUGCAGUGCCCGACACUAUCCAACCCUACAAACGGCGCUGUGAGCUACAGCUCCAGGAACUUCGGAGAUGUGGCCUCCUACUCGUGCAACACAGGAUACAACCUGAAUGGCUACUCUACACGGACUUGUCAGUCUUCAGGCUCAUGGAGUAACAGUGCACCAACUUGUGGAGUAUAG